GAGAGAGCGGAGAAGAAGAGAAGUGUAACAGCAUCUGCUUAAGAAAAAAACAGCAGUAGUAGCAGCAAUGGUGGCGGAGCUUCCAAAUUUCAUCGCACUUCAAGGAGUCAGGCCCCCCCGGCUGGAACUUCACAGGCUGGGUCGGCGCCACCGAAGUCAACAUUUUCAGCCCACUGGCGCAGAUCCAAGUAGAGCAGGCCAAAAGCGACUCCCGCUACGUUCACUUCCGCUUCGUCCACACCAACAACGCCAUGCAAAUCAUCGCAGUCGCCGACCAGCCUGAGGAAGAUUUGUCCAACCCCGCCUGCACGCCCAUAAUCACGCCCGGCUCCACCAACCUCGCCCUCAACCACGUUCGCCGCAUUGAUGUCGUGGGUCACGGCAUUCCCCCAAUUCAUUUUCUCCUCCAAGGUGGCACUCCUCACUUCCAGUUCAUUGAUUACCUUACCCAGGCAUGUCGCUUUCAAGGGACACGAUGGCAGGUAUGUGAGAGGCUUGACGGUCCAGAAUUUUCCGUACCAGCAGCUGUAUGCGGAGCCCAGGAAACGGGGUUCGAGGUGCACACCAUGCUGGACGGACAUGUCCGCAUAAAGUCCCUUCAUUUCGAUAGGUUCUGGAGACGCAGUCCCAAUUGGAUAUGGGCCGACGCCAACGGCACCCACGCUGACACCUUGUUUUGGCCUGUCAAAAUUGACGACAACACCAUUGCGCUUCGGAACGCAGGCAACAACAACUUCAUCGUGACUUUGCGCAUCGACGGAAAGACAGACUGUCUGAACGCCCAAGUACCCAACAUGACCUUAGAUACGAGAUUUGAGGUGGAGGAGCUGGUUCUCAAAAGAGAGAUCUACCACGUCAGAUACCGAAUGGAGGAAUCUCGAAUCUACGACGAGGAGCCCUCCAUCGCUGGAACAGCCACCGCCGGUAAUUUUCUCGUCGGUAACACAAUUACCGGCGGCAAAACACGCCGCCGGUAAUUAACGGCGGUAGGUCCCACCGUUAUAUUUCCUCGGCGAACGGCAGCAAUAUGCCGCCGGUAAUUACCAGCGGUGAUUUUGCCGCCGGUAAUAUUCACCGGACGGCGGCGGUGAAUAUCACCGGAGAUUAUUCUCGUUACCGGCGGUAAAAUGCCGCCGCUAAUUGCCGGCGGCAUUAUGCCGCCGGUAAUUAUUUUUGUAAUUUAAUUAAUUAAUUAAUUAUUACUGUAGGCACACGAAAUUUAUAGGAUAUAAAAGAAUAUUUUAAUUUUAUAUCUUUGUUUAUUUUGAAAUCUUAUGAAAUCCAAGAUUAAAUAUGAUACAUUAUUAAUAAAGAUCUUACCAUAUUUCAAA